AUGGAUCCCAACUGCUCCUGUGACACCACUGGUGACUCGUGCACCUGUGCCCAUUCCUGCACAUGCAAGAAGUGCAAAUGCACCUCCUGCAAGAACAGCUGCUGCUCCUGCUGCCCUGUGGGCUGUGCCAAGUGUGCCCAGGGCUGUAUCUGCAAAGGGGCGUCGGACAAGUGCAACUGCUGUGCCUGAUGCGGGCACAGCCCGGCUUCAUGAUGUAAACAGAGCCACGCAGACAAGUCACAACCCACAGUCCUGACAUGUUUGCCA